GUGAAAUCACAUUUACCUUCGAGUUUCCAGCAGCAAAACUUGACGACAAUCGGCAAUCACUCAUUCACUCUUACCUUCUUCUCUUCAUCACAUGGCGUCCUCCUACGAGAAAUUCGAGACCCGUAGACGGAAUCCGGACCCGAGUUCCGCCGCCCUUUUGGUCAUCGACAUCCAGAAUCACUUCGAUUCCGUGGCCCGCCCCAUUUUGCCCGCCCUCAACGCUACUAUCGACCUCUGUCGACGCACUUCCGUACCCGUCCUCUUCACGCGCCACCGCCACAAGCCCCCCGCCGACGACUCUACCCUCUUCGAGUGGUGGGAUGGUGACCUCAUUUUCGAUGGCUCCCUCGAGUCGCUACUCAUCCCCGAUUUGCACUGGGAAGAGACCGACCCCCUCAUCCUUAAGGACACUUACAGUGCCUUCAUAGGUACGGGUUUGGAAGAGAGGCUGAAGGAGAUGCGAGUGAAGGAGGUGAUAGUGUGUGGGGUGAUGACCAACUUGUGCUGUGAGACCACUGCUAGAGACGCUUUUGUUAGAGGUUUCAGGGUUUUUUUCUCGACUGAUGCAACAGCAACCUCAUCAUCUGAGUUGCAUGAUGCCACUCUCAAGAACUUGGCUUAUGGUUUUGCUUAUUUCGUUGACUGUGGCAGGCUUCAUCACGCAUUCUCCAGUUCAUAGAUCACAUGGUCUAUCGAUGUACAUAAUACUUUUGUGGUAAAUGAUUGGCUUUUGCAUUAUCAUGAUAGUGUGGUACCCUUGGGACAAAGGAAAAAUAUAAAGGAAAAAAGAGGAGUUCAUGUUUUGAAUUUGCCUCAUUUGAUGUAUGGUUUUGGCUCAUUGGGAAACUAGAUGAUGUAUGUUUAUGACUUUAUGCCAACAGGGGUAGCAAUUCUAAGAUGCUGUGGUAUCUAUUCUAUUUUUCAUUAUAAAGACUAUAUUAUAAAUAAAUAAAUAUAAUACAAAC